AAGCUGCACUUCUCGUCUUGUCAAAGAACGGACACUGGCAUGCGCAGGGAAUGCGAAGAGAAAACGCUGGCAGCAAAGGGGAGAAGAGCGCCACUUUUGAGGGGGGACAUGCAGAUUGUUUGUUGGCACAUGCUCGCACAGUUGUGAGCUGCUGAUCCCCCUAUGCAGCGCCUCUAUCAGGAGGAUCCGAGUCUCGGGGCGCCUGACUUCAACAAAGGAGCUGAAGUGUUCCACUGGCGUCAAGUCCUCCGCUCUUGCGUCACUUUGAGGCUUCUGUAACAGCUUCUAAGGUCUCAAAUUGGAACAGCCAGACGUUUCGAGCAUUGCUCUGCUUGGAUCUCUUCGACCAUGGAGAAUGAAGACUCUGGUUCCAGCCCUCCGUCAACCACUGGACGAGUUGCAGUUGUUCCAACAGCGGUCAUAUGCAUGGGCGUUUCAGGGGCAGGCAAAACGACCGUUGGGAAAGUUCUAGCGGAGAUGUUGAAAUGCGAGUUUCUGGAUGCUGACGACUUCCACUCCCUACAAAACAAAGACAAGAUGCGAAGGGGGAUCCCUUUGAUCGACGAGGACCGUGCCCCAUGGCUCGAAACCCUGAGGCAACUUUUACGUGAGCGGUUGGUCGAGGGUAAAAACGUCGUACUGGCAUGUUCGGCUCUGAAGCCUGAGUACAGAACUAUACUGAGGGCGGCAGCGUCAGAUUUUGGGCACGAGCAAGCGCAGGCAGUGGGGGCUUCUCUUGAUGAUGACUCUGCUUACGUAGACGGGAUCGCAAAGGCCGCUUGUCGGGGAUCCAGCCUGGAGAACGGCCAGGGUUUUAAAGAAGAUAGGAGUUCUGAUUGCGAGGAUCCUGAGUUCGGGGAAGUAAAAGAAGCAGACCGUCGAGCUCUUCCGAGGGUUGUGUUCGUUCAUUUGAAAGCAGACGCGAAAGUGUUGGCAGCUAGACUGAAGGCUCGAGAAAAGGCGGGGACGCACUAUAUGCCAGCCUCUCUCCUCGAAUCACAGAUGCAGGCCUUGCAAAUUUAUGAUGGGGAGGCUGGGAUUAUGACGGAAGAUGCUGAGUUGACUCCCAACAUUCUUGCAAGACAGGUACUUAAGAAUUGCAAGCUUUGACAGGUCAAAAGCCGGGCCCA